UAUUGUUUCAUUUUCCAAAAUAUAAUAAAAAUAAUAACUUAAUCCCGCGCAAGGCGCGGGUCUUAUCCUAGUGAUAUAGUAUUUGUUAAGUCAAAUUCAAUAAGCUAGCAUUCCUUCAAAAUCGACGAAUUUUAUAGUACAAUUUGGGUUUAAGCAUUUUAAUGUAAUAUUUUAUUUUUUUUAUUUUAAAAUCAAAUAAUUUUAUAGCAGAUUCAAGUUUCACUCCAACUCUACAUUAUAUUGGUGUGAAAAUAGAAUAAUUAGUAAAAAAAUAAAAUCAUUACUUUAAUCCCAAUAAUUGAAAAAAGCAAAAGUUAUAAAGUUGCAAAUGCUUCUACGUGCAUGAAAAAUACACAGCAGAUUAGAUAUUCACCGUUGAUUCCAUCCUAAGUUUUAAAUCGAGACCGUCCAUUUUAUCAAUAACCCCCUUAUAUAUACAUCUACACACACAGCUUCGUUUUGUGCUAAAAUCUUCAUAACAUUUUCUUGAGAAAACUUCAAAAUUUUCUCAAGAAUGUUUGCUGAGUCUGUGAUUAGUUUCUCUCAGUUGAUCGCAAAAACCGUCAUUAUCGUCUCCCUCUCCAUCUUUUAUCUCCGUCUCUUCCUUAGACUCGCUUCCUUCCUCGUGAGCCGCCCUUGGCGCCGUUACCGUACAUUCACCGUUCGCCGCUGCCGGAGAUGGAGGAAGAAAACGUCGGAACCUUACUGUUCCAUUUGUCUCCAAGAUGCGGCGGAGGGAGAGAAGAUGAGGCGGUUAACGGCGUGCGGCCACUGUUUCCACGCCGAGUGCAUCGAUCCUUGGCUGGAGAAACGGUCCACGUGUCCUCAGUGCAGAGCUCAGAUCCCGCCGGUGCCGCCGGAGUAUCCUCUGGUUGCGUUAUUUGUCCCUCCCGGCGUGAUAGAGUUGUUUACCAAGGAACCUUAGCUCUUUCGUUAUCAUUAUUCUUUAUAAUUAAUUAAAACUUAAACUGAGUUUUAAUACAGAAGUACAUGAUUACGUAAUCAGUAACCAAUGUAAUCUUUGUACUUGUCGCACUCAUAAAAGAAAAAAAAGUUUUUCGAA